AUGGGAGACCGUGGAGCACGCAUGAACCGACAUCCCCGUAGAAACGCCGAUCGAGGCAACGAGGAUUAUCGGCGGGAUCCACGUGAUGUUGAAGAGAUCGCACGUCUGCAGCAAAGAGUCCGGGACCUUGAACUGCAGCGAGGGGUCCGUUCCGAUGACGAAACCGAGACCGACUCCAUCAACUGGGAUGACGGAGUCGUUCAGAACAACCCGUUUGACUAUGAUGAUAGGUGGAAUCCUUUUGCAAGAAGAGAACCAAGAGCUGAUCCAUUCAGGAACUUGGGAGUCAAAAUUGAUGUACCAGAGUUCGAUGGAAGGGCUGAACCUGAUGUGUUUAUUGAUUGGCUUCAAACCGUCGAACGCAUCUUCGACCUACGCGACAUUCCUGAUAAAUACAAGGUAAAACUCGUAGCAAUUAAACUUCGAAAUUACGCGUCUUUGUGGUGGGAGCAUGUUAAAAAAAAGAGGGUUCAAGAGGGACGUUCUAAAGUUAAAACAUGGGACAAGAUGAAGAAACUCCUUCGUGAGAAGUUUCUUCCACCUAAUUUUUGCCAGGAGGCAUUUUUAGAAUAUCAUAACAUCUCCCAACGGUCGACUACCGUUGAGGAAUUGAUCUGUGAGUUUGACAGAUUACGGAUGAGAUGUGCUGUUGAAGAGGAGGAGGAACAAAUUAUUGCUCGUUUCUUUGGGGCUUUACGACCCGAGAUCGCCGACGUUGUACAACUGCAGCCCUAUUGGUCUUUUACUGAUGUGUGCCAACUAGCUCUAAAGGUGGAGAAACAAUUGAAAGCUAAAGCCAAACCCACGUUACCCCGGUCGAGCCCAAUCAAAGCCGACAGCCUUAAAGGGGUUUCGGGGACACCUACUGGAAGCAGAUUCAAUGCAAGCAAAAGCGAGGGAGCAACAUCUUCCAAGACACCCACCGUUACCACUCGUACACCGCCCCGUUGUUUCAAGUGUGGCGGGCUGGGUCACUUUGCUCGGGAGUGCUCGAAUACUCAGCUCAUUACCCUCACGGAUGAAACCCUGCCUGUUUAUGAUACGGAAGAAGACCAACCUGAAGAGGUUGAAACUGAAGUGGUGUAUCCGGACAAGGGUGAAACUCUUAUAGCUCAACGGGUUCUCAGCAUUAAUCCGAAUCAUGAAGUCAAAGAUAAUCUCUGGCUCCGCAACAACAUUUUUCGAACUCGCUGCACGGUAAAAGGCAAGGUAUGUACCAUUAUAAUCGAUGGGGGCAGCUACGAGAAUAUGGUGGCCACAGUUAUGGUUGAAAAGUUAGGCCUUAAAGUCGAAGACCACCCCGACCCUUACCAGCUAACGUGGCUAAAAAAAGGUAACGUCGUGAAGGUUAAACACAGGUGCCUUGUUCAGUUUAGCAUCGGGACCCGUUAUUCGGAUGAGGUGUGGUGCGAAGUCGUUCCGAUGGAUGCAUGUCACAUCUUGUUGGGGCGACCGUGGCAGUAUGAUAGGUGCACCAAACACGACGGGUUCCUCAAUACUUACAGUUUUAAGAAAGAAGGGGUUAAUGUCCAACUUGUUCCACUGGAUAUACGUGACACCGGAACCGAAGCCCUGGUCCUUACCAAAUCAGCGUUCCUGGAUUUUACACGAACUGCUAAACCUCCAUUCGCCUUAGCCCUACUCAUCACCGAGACCAACCCCACAACUGAUGAACCCCCACUUGAAGUACAACCACUCCUAACCGACUUCAAGGAUGUCUUUCCCACUGAAAUUCCUCCUGGCCUUCCCCUUGUACGAGAAAUUCAACAUUGCAUCGACUUCAUGCCAGGUGCAACCAUCCCAAAUAAACCAGCCUACCGAAUGAAUCCAACCGAAUAUGCAGAACUACAUCGACAGGUUACCGAGCUCCUUGACAAGGGUCUUAUUCGCGAAAGUAUGAGCCCGUGUGCAGUGCCGGCUCUACUCGUUCCUAAACCGAAUGGCGCCUAUAGAAUGUGUAUUGAUAGCCGAGCCGUUAACAAAAUUACGAUCAAGUAUAGGUUUCCCAUUCCCCGUUUAGACGACCUCCUAGAUCAGUUACACGGGGCUACAAUUUUCUCUAAAGUGGAUUUGCGGAGCGGGUACCACCAAAUCAGAAUGCGUCCGGGGGAUGAAUGGAAGACGGCUUUUAAAACACGAGACGGGUUGUAUGAAUGGAUGGUCAUGCCAUUCGGGCUCUCAAAUGCCCCGAGCACCUUUAUGCGGUUAAUGAAUCACAUAUUUAAACCCCUUAUCGGCCACUGUGUCGUCGUCUAUUUUGAUGACAUCCUCGUUUUUAGCCGGGAUAUACCACACCAUCUUUAUCAUCUUAAACAGGUCUUCACUAUUUUGCGAGAUCAGAAGUUAUAUGCCAACCGCGAAAAGUGUUGUUUUUUGGCACCAGAGGUCUUAUUUUUGGGGUAUUUAAUUUCGGGGAAGGGUAUCCGUAUGGAUGAUUCUAAAAUCGAAGCAAUUACCACUUGGCCGAUACCGACUAAUAUCCACGAGGCACGAAGCUUCCUCGGGUUAGCCUCAUUUUAUCGUCGUUUUAUUCGCAAUUUCAGUAUCGUCGCAGCCCCUAUUACUGAUUGCUUGAAGGGAAAUUCAUUCUGUUGGACACCUGCCGCCACCACGGCAUUCGAAGGGUUAAAACAAUGCAUCACACGUGCACCCGUCUUGGCCUUACCCAAUUUUCAGGUUACUUUCCAGGUCGAGUGUGACGCAUCUGGGCUCGGGAUUGGCGGAGUGCUUAGCCAAGAGGGACGCCCAGUAGCUUUUUUCAGUGAAAAGCUCAGUGAAGCCAAACAAAAAUUCAGCACAUAUGAUAAGGAAUUUUAUGCAAUUGUUAGGAGUCUUGAGUUUUGGCGACACUACCUUCUACACACGGACUUUGUCUUGUUUUCUGAUCACCAGGCGUUACGUUUUAUUCAAGGCCAACACAAACUCAAUCCUCGCCACGCUAAAUGGGUCGAGUUUUUACAAGAUUUUUCUUUUGUUAUCCGACACAAGUCCGGAGUCACCAAUACGGUGGCCGAUGCUCUAAGUAGGCGGCGGGCCCUGUUAACAUCCCUCUAA